CAGUGGCUGGUGGAUAGGGAGGGAGUGAUGAGGACAGACUGGCCCCCUGGCUGCAGGGCUGUACUCAGUGCUGUCCCAGGUGGUUCUGGUCCGAGGUUGUCUGGACUCCUGUAAGGAAUGCUCAGGGCCUCAGAAUGACCUGUGUCUGGAGUGCAGAACAGGCUGGACGCUCCAUGACAACACAUGUGUAGGUAAGUGGGACAGUGUGUGUGUGUGUGUGUGGAGAGAGAGAGAGAAUGUGUGUGUGUGUGUGUGUGUGUGUGUGUCUCAGAUAAAUGAAGAGAUGCAUCAACAUCUAAUAUCUUUCUAAAUGUUGGUGUAUGCGUUUAUAAUGUAUAAUGCUUCAAUUUAUAAUCAUACUGUGCUGUACUUUAUACAAAACCUGUUCUGUUGCUAUAAUACCUGUUGCUGUUGUGUUCCAGACAUAGAUGAGUGUGGCACAGAGCUGGGCCAUUGUCCCCCCAACACCUACUGCUUCAACACAGAGGGCAACUAUCAGUGCAGAGGUCAGUGCUGCUACCAGGGUUUAGAGGUCAGGAGCUCACUUCCUCCUCUUCAAGAGCCAAUCAGAAGUAUGGGGUGAAUCCUAACUUCCACUUAAGUCAACUUUUUGUUUCCCAAUGACAUAAUAAAGUUAAAAGUGAACUGAAAGUUUGCCCCUAAGACUUUCAAGAGCUUCAUUGUAUAGAUGAGAGGUGUCUUAAAUAGCACAGAGAUCCUAUUCAAUUUAACAUUUUAUAAUUCUAUGUUCAAUAAAAUGUCAUUCAGAAUCCUUAAGAUUUCUCCAGUUUGCUGUGUUCAAUUAGAUUAGGAACUCUGAAGCAGAAUCUCCUCUACCAUUAGUGUGAACUGUGAGCUGUGUAUGGGUGUUAUGUGUUGAUGAAGAUGUUUUGUGGUCUUCCGCCUGGCUGUGACCAGGCCUGUGUAAGCUGUUUGGGCGCUGGGCCAGCUCGCUGCAGGAAGUGUGCUACUGGCUACAGACUAACCGGAGCCAAGUGUUUAGGUAAGUGGCGUAGUUUGUAGGAGAAUAUGUAUAAGGAUGAGUUUUUCUCUCUUUCUCACAAAGAGAUGAAUGCAGUGAGUUUGUGUGUGUGUGUGUGUGCGUGUGUGUGUGUGUGUGUGUGUGGAGGGGGGGGGGGGUCUGUUAGUCAGUCUGUCUGUCUGUCUCUCUGUCUGUUUGUUUGUAGGUCUGUCUGUCUGUCUGUCUGAAUCUUAGUCCAUAAGUAUCCAUCUCUCUCUCCCUCAGAUAUAGAUGAGUGCAGUGAGCGGGUUCUGGCGUGUCCAGGGCUGGAUGAGAUCUCUACCAAUUUGGACGGUUCUUUCCACUGUGACUGUGCUGAAGGCUUCACACGCAAAAACAACGUCUGUGUGCAGAAACAGCUACCCAGAGGUAAGUGUUCUAACCACACAUGCUCACACCACGCACUGACACAUGCAUGCACAAACAUACAUUCUACACCGAAGAGAAGCCGCUUCGAACACCCAAAACUCUCCGGUUUUCCCCCGAGCCCCCCCUCCACCCCACCCCACCCCACAACCCCACCUCCAUGCCCACCAACCACCACCCCCACCCAGCCACCAUCCCCACCCAGCAGAGAUUCAAAAAAUAUAUAUUGUGAAGAAUGGAGUGGGUACAGUGCCUUCAGAAAGUAUUCACAACCCUUGACUUUUUCCAAAUGUUGUUGUGUUACAAAGUGAGAUUAAAAUAGAUUUUUGUCAACGAUCUACAUAAAAUACUCUGUAACAUCAAAGUGUAAGAAACAUUCUAACAUUUGUAAAAUAUAUAUAUAUCAUAUCUUCAUUAGAUAAGACACCCCUGAGUCAAUACUUUGUAGAAGCACCUUUGGCAGCUGUGAGUAUUUAUGGGUAAGUCUCUAAAGCCGGGUGUACACGACUUUCAAAAUCCUAACAUCGCUAAACCUCUCACAUUAAACAACCAUCUUUCCUGUAGUUUGCUUUGUCUUGCCAACGUAGUGGUGCGCACAUUAAACAAUGUGGCACCGACGGGGGUCACACACUACAAGAUUCUUCACUUGGUCUUCAGGAUUGUCGAUACCACACUGUCUCGCGAAAACAAUGAUGUGAUUAGAUUUAACGUACUGUAGCUACAACGAGCUGUGGCUCAAAGCAGCCUCAAACAUUUUCAGUCAGAUAUUCACGCUUGCCAUACAUAAAUGAAAUAUCUAGCCAACAUUUAGAAUUGAAUAAUAUUGCUUGUGAACUUCAGAGCUGUAACGAUUUGACGCUUUUGGCUUUGAUUAAAGGCAAGUACAAACGCAUACUAGUAGUAGUCAUCGCUCCUUUUCAAGAGUCUACACAUCUCACUGUCUUCUUCUCUGGUGAGAUCUCAUUGGUUAUUGCUCAUCACCGUUCUCAAAACUUGUUGUUGCACAUCUCACACUAAAAGAGCAUUGCAGACUUUGUGCUAAUAAAAUCAAACAUGUUUGAAAAUAUCGGGACGUCUGGGACUGCUCAUGGACGAGAUUGGUAGCCCUCAGAUUGCAUCUCUGACCCGCUCACAUUAAACGAGCGACAGUGACGGCUGCGCGCUCCGGAUUGUGCAACAUUUGCCCAUUAUUAUUUUAAACAUUUUUCAAGCUUUGUCAAAUUGCAACACCUGGAUUGUGCAACAUUUGCCCAUGAUUAUUUUCAACAUUUUUCAAGCUUUGUUGAAUUGGUUGUUGAUCAUUGGUAGACAACCAUUUUCAGGUCUUGAAAUAGAUUUUCUACAAGAUUUAAGUCAAAACUGUAACCCUGCCACACAGGAACAUUCACUGUCUUCUUGGUGUUUUAGGUUAUUGUCCUGCUGAAAGGUGAAUUCAUCUCCCAGUGUCUGGUGGAAAGCAGACUAAACCAGUUUUCCUCUAGGAUUUUUCCUGUGCUUAGCUCCAUUCCGUUUCUUUUUUAUCCUGGAAAACUCCCCAGUCAUUAAACCCCCUAAGGUUGAUGUCUGUGUCCCCAUGGAAAUCUAAUUAGCAUAAUAAAAAAAUACCCAUACAAAUCUGUCAGUUUAAGCUAGAGAUAUAUUUGCAUUGGAUGUGUCUCAAUCCACCGCAUCCUCAUAUGUCGCACUUCCUCAUCUACGGUGAAAGGUGACAGAGCUAGAGGGGUGUUUGUCAAACCAUGAGACAUCGCUAAAAUCGGUCUUCUCACAAAAUCGUUUGUAGCGCCGAAGGGUAGUUACUCCACAAUCGUCUGUAGUUACUCAGCAAUACUAACCUAAUUCACAGAGUGAAAAGAAGGAAGCCUGUACAGAAUACAAAUAUUCCAAAACAUGCAUGCUGUUUGCAACAAGGCACUGCAAAAAAUAUACUGUCAAAUCCUCCCAAGUUUCUAGUUUGAGCAGCUGUUAUAAGCAACUGAUAUUUUUGAAUGCGGUUGUCAUAUUGGCAUGUUUGCUAGCAACAAACGAUUUAGAUACAGUGAGGGAAAAAAGUAUUUGAUCCCCUGCUAAUUUUGUAAGUUUGCCCACUGACAAAGAAAUUAUCAGUCUAUAAUUUUAAUGGUAGGUUUAUUUGAACAGUGAGAGACAGAAUAACAACAAAAAAAUCCAGAAAAACGCAUGUCAAAAAUGUUAUAAAUUGAUUUGCAUUUUAAUGAGGGAAAUAAGUAUUUGACCCCCUCUCAAUCAGAAAGAUUUAUGGCUCCCAGGUGUCUUUUAUACAGGUAACGAUUUGCGAUCAGGAGCACACUCUUAAAGGGAGUGCUCCUAAUCUCAGCUUGUUACAUGUAUGAAAUACACCUGUCCACAGAAGCAAUCAAUCAAUCAGAUUCCAAACUCUCCACCAUGGCCAAGACCAAAAAGCUCUCCAAGGAUGUCAGGGACAAGAUUGUAGACCUACACAAGGCUUGAAUGGGCUACAAAACCAUCGCCAAGCAGCUUGGUGAGAAGGUGACAACAGUUGGUGCGAUUAUUCGCAAAUGGAAGAAACACAAAAUAACUGUCAAUCUCCCUCGGCCUGGGGCUCCAUGCAAGAUCUCACCUUGUGGAGUUGCGAUGAUCAUGAGAACGGUGAGGAAUCAGCCCAGAACUACACGGGAGGAUCUUGUCAAUGAUCUCAAGGCAGCUGGGACCAUAGUCACCAAGAAAACAAUUGGUAACACACUACGCCGUGAAGGACUGAAAUCCUGCAGCGCCCGCAAGGUCCCCCUGCUCAAGAAAGCACAUAUACAUGCCCGUCUGAAGUUUGCCAAUGAACGUCUGAAUGAUUCAAUGAUUCAGAACUGGGUGAAAGUGUUGUGGUCAGAUGAGACCAAAAUGGAGCUCUUUCGCAUCAACUCAACUCGCCGUGUUUGGAGGAGGAGGAAUGCUGCCUAUGACCCCAAGAACACCAUCCCCACCAUCAAACAUGGAGGUGGAAACAUUAUGCUUUGGGGGUGUUUUUCUGCUAAGGGGACAGGACAACUUCACCGCAUCAAAGGGAUGAUGGACCAUCAAAUCUUGGGUGAGAACUUCCUUCCCUCAGCCAGGGCAUUGAAAAUGGGUCGUGGAUGGGUAUUCCAGCAUGACAAUGACCCAAAACACACAGCCAAGGCAACAAAGGAGUGGCUCAAGAAGAAGCACAUUAAGGUCCUGGAGUGGCCUAGCCAGUCUCCAGACCUUAAUCCCAUAGAAAAUCUGUGGAGGGAGCUGAAGGUUUGAGUUGCCAAACGUCAGCCUCGAAACCUUAAUGACGGAGAAGAUCUGCAAAGAGGAGUGGGACAAAAUCCCUCCUGAGAUGUGUGCAAACCUGGUGGCCAACUACAAGAAACGUCUCACCUCUGUGAUUGCCAACAAGGGUUUUGCCACCAAGUACUAAGUCAUGUUUUGCAGAGGGGUCAAAUACUUAUUUCCCUCAUUAAAAUGCAAAUCAAUUUAUAGCAUUUUUGACAUGCGUUUUUCUGGAUUUUUUUGUUGUUAUUCUGUCUCUCACUGUUCAAAUAAACCUACCAUUAAAAGUAUAGACUGAUCAUUUCUUUGUCAGUGGGCAAACGUACAAAAUCAGCAGGGGAUCAAAUACUUUUUUCCCUCAUUGUAGCUUCUAGCCCAGUGUUUGAUAUGCAAUGCGAUCUCCUCAUAAUUAACAGUUGACGAGUGUCCUGACGAGAAGGCAAACUUUUAAAGCUAUGCCAGGCAAAAUCGGGCAUUAUCAGCUCAUAUUGUUAUGGAUGUAUUCGAAUGAAUUUCAAUAGAAAACAGCUACUUUGCUGUUUUUCUGUCUGCAGAGGUCGUGACUGUGUUAGCUGUAGCUAGCUGGCUAGCUAGCAAGCAAGGGAUAAGUACGUUGCCAGAGUGCAUGGCAACGGAACAUAAAGAACGAACGACUGGGUCGAGUCUCUAUCAACCAAAAGAUGAGAAAGUAUUAAUUAUCUUACAUAAAUGAAUAUAUCAACAAAAAAUGUAAUUUCUACCAGUAAAUGUGUGCUUAUAGUAUUGUUUUCUUUGGCAGCUGUGGUAUAAGUGGGAUAAACAGCUUAAACAACUGCAAUGGAAUAAACUUCACUGUUAUUCUGGCAGCAGAGGUCAUAUGACUGUGUAGCCGUAGCUAAUUGGCUAGCUAGCCAGCGAAAAAAUAGUAUUUAUGCUUUCAUAUUUUCUUUAUUUUUUGUAUUAUUCUAAUUCGAUUUCCACAUCGACUCUAGGGGGUUAAAGAUUAAUAUUAUUGCUAAGAGUAUUAUUAUAUUGUUGAUUGAUUGACUGUCUUUCCAAAUCUCCCAACAGUAGUAUUUGUAGGGUUAAUUUUAAGUGAAUGUUGUGAUUUUUCAGCCAUUCCUGAAACAAGCUACCUGGGGGCAAUACCAGACUAAAUGGUCUAAUGAUUCUUUCUCUUCACAGCAAAAUCUGCAGAGCUGAGACGGUUGUAUGCCCCAUAUAUUUAACAUUUUGUUGGUAGCAAGAAUGUUAUACAGUAAUUUAAAUGGAAAAAGUGUUGAAUCUUGCGUCGUUUUGUAUAUCAGCUCAUACACCUUGUACCAGUGAAUGGGUACAUCAAACGUUUCUUCCCAGCUAUUUUUGCAACCUGUAUGGCACAGCUGUCAACAUUUUGGUCCUCAAAUGAAACUGGCAUAUUUUUCUAUUUAUGCAAAUGUUUUUUUUUGCCAGUUUUGGUCCUUAAUAUAGGGCAGAUAGACCAGUUUCCUACUUCCUCCCUCUUCCACUUACCUCCUCCCUUUCUGCGGUAGUGCUUCAAUCAAUUGGUUGUAACUUUGGAUUGAGCAACCCUUCCCAUAUAUUUCCAUUAGCUGCAGGUGUGACAUAAUUCUACCAUUCCUAUUUAUAAUAUCAUAAAUAUAAUACCCUUUUUAAUCAUUUUAUGCAUAAAGAGAGGUUUUAUCAAUCAGUAUAUUUGAGUUUAACCAUAAUAUCUGUUGUAAUGUACUUUGAACAAGGUUUAAUUUUCUGAAAAUGAGAAGUAGCAAUCUGUAUAAAGGCAAAAAGGCCAUUUUUGAACAAGGGAUAAGCCUUUCUUAUGAAUCUACUGGAGAACAAGUUCAGGUUUAAGUUAAGCUUUUGUAUGAGUGAGGCUUUUAGUGAGAGGUUUAAUGCUUUAAUAUUUAAUCAUUUCAGCCCCCCAAACUGAUAUUCAUUAUAUAAAUAGGCAUGUUUCAUCUUGUCUGUCUUAGCAUUCCAGAUAAAGCGAAAUACGUUUUGCUCAUAUGAUUUGAAAAACAAAUCAUCUGGAGUAGGCAACGCCAUAAGUAAGUAAGUAAACUGUGAUAUGAGUUUAUCAGUGUAAUUUUUCCAUAAAUAGAAAACAGUGGAGGCUGCUGAGGGGAGGACGACUCAUAAUAAUGGCUGGAACAGAGCAAAUGGAAUGGCAUCGAACACAUGGAAACCAUGUAUUUAAUGUAUUUGAUACCAUUCCACUCAUUUCGCUCCAACCAUUACCACGAGCCCAUCCACCCCAAUUAAGGUACCACCAACCUCCUGUGAUAGAAAAGUAUUUACCUCUCCGUGGUUGCAGGAUCAUGUCUAUUUUUGUUACCUUUCUAUUGAAAUGUAUUGUGGUAAAUUAUUUUCUCCCUCCCUCCCUCCCUCCCCGCAGGUGUGGGUGAGAAGGGUCUGUUUGAGGACAUCCAGGAUGAAGAGGUGGAGGUUCUCCAGCAGAUGUUUUUUGGGGUGCUGCUCUGUGCUUUGGCCACCCUGGCUGCUAAAGGAGACAUGGUCUUCACCUCCAUCUUCAUGGGUGGAGUGGCGGCCAUAGCUGGAUACUGGCUCUCAGACAGGGGAGACCGCGUACUGGACAGCUUUCUGAAGGGACGCUAG